AUGGGAUGUACGCACAGCGGCAUCCCACGUCACCAGGCGAAGCGGAGCGAUGUGCCAACAGAUGAGCUGGCACAGCUGGUUCAUUUCGGAAGCUGGAUGCUAGAGGAGGGUGCCAAGAAGGAUCUGGUGUUUCUCUUGCUGCUGAUCGCGGGUGCGCGAGGCACGAUGGGCUCUGCGUUGAUGAUCCGUUUUGCGAACGCUUUCCGCAAAGUUCGGGACGACUAUGCGCUGAACCACACCGAUCAAGCCCCUCCAGGCGAAGUGGAGGCCAUCGAUCGCCAACGAUUUGCCGCCCUCCAACAAAUUGCUAGGUCUCAGCUGAAGCGGCAUUGGAAGCGAUACCGGAAAGUCGGGGAGGAGAAGAACUUCCGCAAGCUCCGAGUCGAGUUGCCCAAGAGCAAGCCAUCCAGAGACUUCAAAAUUAUGCAGAAGAUGAAAUCCAGUGCAAGCGUGGUUGAAGGGAUUCUUACGAGGGACGGCCGGACGAUGUCAGACCUGGAGCACAUCACGCUGGAGACGGAGAGCGUGGCGUGCAGCUUCGAGGAGGCGGCGAGUCCGGCGGAGAGAGUGGUCACGUCGCUGCCCAUCAUCAUCCAGGCGGUGCACCACAUCGAGAUUGCCAUCGCCCCGCUCCUGUCGGCGGUCGAAGAGGUCUGCGGAAGCGAGCCCUUCCUGCAGCCUGGAGACGUGGAACGCUGUUCCUACGAGAUUCCAGCGGGUGGCUGCGCCUUCUGCACAGAGAGCCCUGGAGCUGUUUGCCUGCCGUUUCAGGCCUUUGGAGUCAGCUUGCUGCAUGGCAUGUGCCAGGGAAGAGCCGGCGUCACUCCGGACGUCUUGCUGGAAGAGUUGGGAGAUCCAGCGCAGCCAAUCAGAGUACUGAGCACGAACAGCAAGUCUGGUGAGAUGUUCUUUAUCUCCCAGUCCGGGAAGUUCAUCAUCAAGAGUAUCUCCGAUGCCGAGGGCAAAGGCUUAGAGGCAAUUCUUCCGAGCUACGUCAGCCACCUCGCUGGCGAAGAAGGGUCCAUUUUGGGGCUGUACGUCGGCCUCUAUCGGAUUGACAUGGGCUCCGGGUUGGGGCAGCGCUACUUCACCAUCAUGAGGUCCGUGUUCGACUCGCCCGUGCAGAUGAGCAAGAUGUACGACCUCAAGGGAUCUACGCACCACCGGAGGGUGAAGGAUGACUCCGAGAAAGUUCGCAAAGAUGAGGACUGGAUCUCGGACAAGUGUCGCCUGGAUGUGUCGCCCGAGGAUGCCGCCAGCCUGGAGAAGAUGCACGGGAGAGACACCGCUUUCCUCAGCGAAUUCUCCAUCAUCGACUUCUCUGUGCUUAUUGGCAUCGCUGAAAUCCACGAGCCGAGUGAGAUUCCUCCCCAUGCUUGGCAGAGUGUGGACAAGACGCAGUGCUACUUCAUCGGCAUCGUCGAUGUGCUGAUUGAGUACGGGCUGCGGAAGCGCCUAGAGCAUCUGCUGCACACUGUGAAAGGCGUUGGGCAGACGGCAAGCGUCACCGACCCGAAUAGCUACGCCAAGCGGCAGCGGCGAUUCUUCCGCGAGCACGUGCUUCCUGAGUGUGAGGGCCUGCUCGACCGGUCAGAGACAGUGCACGGCCUUCGGCAACAGGGCAGUCCACACUACACUCACGCGGACGGCACGCAGUCUGCUGCGGCCCCCGAGCUGGCAAAGGUAGCGAUGUCACCGGAAUUCUUGGGCAAGACCGUGGAUUUUUAG